CAUGGCGUUCAAUUAAUUUUAUGAAAACUGAAGACAGCAUAUUUAUUCAUAAAAUUUAGCAUAAAAAACAACAAAAUUACUUAAAAAUUGAUCAAAUAUUAAAUUAACAAAACAUGUGCUAAUGAUUUUUGUUAAAAGUUAAUAGUUUAUCGAAGAGCAUUGAUUGAAAAAAAGUUAAAAGCGUGUGUGGUGCAGAUUUUUCUGCCACAAACAAUCUCAUCAAAAUGUCAACAUUACAUUUGCCGCGUUAAACAAAAAAAAUAAUAAAACUAUAAAAUCACCCACUACACUUUUUUUUAUUAGUUUUAAGUUAAGAAACCUUUUACUAAAAAUAGAGUUCCCUUUGUUUGGUUCCAAUAAACUGCGUAACUUCAUUAAUCAAGAGCGUUAUCGUUGUGAACUAAAAGACUCCCGCACCUAACUGGGAACGCAAGACCAAAAGUGUUGUCGCUUUAGAAGGAUAUCUUUUUUUUUUUUUAAAUAAAAACAUGUCCAAUAUGAAGCAAGAUUUCGAUGCGGAUCAGUUUGAGUCGCGACUGGAACAUCUGAAAGACACACAGGAUGGAAUACAACAAAUGUCCUCGUGGUGUCUUCAACAACGAGCCCAUCACAAAAAAGUUGUUGCAAGCUGGUUGAAUGUUUUCAAGAAAGUGCGAGUUGAACAUCGACUAGUUCUGUUUUAUCUGGCGAACGAUGUGAUUCAAUAUAGUAAAAGGAAGCGGUAUGAGUUUGUUGAAAGUUGGGCGACAGCUUUGCAAAGAGCAACAACUAUGGUCAGAGAUGAUAAAGUUCGAAAUAAAAUAUUUCGUAUAUUUAAAAUAUGGGAACAAAGAGGUAUUUACAGCGAGGAAUAUCUAAGUGACUUAAGUGGCCUCCUCAGUAUGAAUAUCUCGAAAAAGUCCCAGUCAACCAAUAACGCAGAAGUAGCUCCCGAUGAAUUUCAAAGCUCUGCAUUGAUCUCAAAUAUACGAGAAUGUGUUGAAUUGUCAACGGCUACUGACAAAAGUUUCAAAAACUUGCCCAAGGCACCUAAUUGUGAUAUUGAAAACAUCAAAAUGGUUCUUAAAGAUAAGAGUCAUUCGGAUGAUGUUGAGAGAGAGCUUGAAAGGUAUACAAUGAGCAUAGAGAAGCAGAGAAAACAUUUGGCGGCUGAAAUUAAAAGCCGAAAAGCUGUCUUAGCGAAUUUAGAGACAGCGAUAACAUUCUAUGCAAGUCAAAGGGGAGAAGUCAAAGUCGUAGUCAGUGCAUAUAAGAAUUUUGGAAGUAGAAUAAAACUAGUAAAAAAGAAACUCGAUGAGAUCACACCUAAUUUACCUAGUCCAAUUCCAUCACCGGAUAUUAAUGCUCCUUCACCGGAACCAGAUUCAGAUAUUAAUUUGCCAGAUGAACAGAGUCCGUCAAUGAAUAUUUUCAAAAGUGCUUUUAAUGGAUAUACAAGUUAUUUGGACGGCAAACUACCAUUUGAUAUAAAUGAUUUCAAACGAGGUGAUAGUCCAAAGGGUAGCAGUAAUUUAUCAGCAAGCCAACCUAUAGAAGUUAUUGCAAGUAGAUCCGAUUCAGAUGUCCUAAAUGAUAGUUUCAGUGGUCCAGGGUUUUAUAAACCCGAACCAAUUGGUCCGAUGAACUCAAUUAAUCCAUAUUCUGCGAGCACAAUAACAUUACCCGUGCCAACAGGCCAACCAGAAUAUUCUUCUUUAGCAAGGCCAACUACGUCCAAUUAUACAUCUCCAUCGCUAACCUAUGGUGGUAUAAGUGGAGGACAUACGUCAAAUCGUUACAAUCCAAUGGUGCCUAAUUACGCCAGCGAUUCGAGUUAUAUUUCAAAUUCAUCAAGCAAUAGCUAUGACGCAAGUAUGCCAUUAAUGCCACCACCGAUGCCUCCAUCUCUUGGUGGAGGAAAUGGUUCCCAGAGUGAUGAAUUCAAUUCAACAUGGGACUUGGAUAUGUCAUGGACAUCACUCGAUACAUCUAAUCAAUUUAAUCAUUGUAUUGAUACGCCGAUCUCACCGGGACAUUUUGACCAAGAAAGCAUCCUGGAUGAUAGUGUGACAGAAUAUGAUGAGCUGGAAAAUGACAUAAUGCCUAUGCAAGAUGUUGAUCAUCGUCAAUUGCAUCUAACACUUCCGGUUGCGCCUCCUCUACUACCGAUCUUAGGUCCAAAUAAAACGCGUCCUCUAGAUAUCGAUCACAGAAAUCUUAUUUCACUGACAGGAUCUCCGAGGUCUAGGGAAAAUGAAGACAAAUAUAAGAGGACAAAUAAGACUUGGGUGGCACCAUCCAAAGACAAGGACUUCCGGGCACCAAUGCCUAUAAACCCGCCCGCUAAACCACCCCAGGAAAAACAGUCACAGCCCACGCUAAAAGAUACCGACUAUCGAACGUUGGUCGAUCAACCCAAGACUGAGAGCUCAGCUCUUCCAGCUCAAACCCCAGCACCAGCACCACCAGUUCCGCCUCUUCAACCUCCACCAAUGCUAACAGGCUUAUUAAACUUUCCUCAAGUUCUUAUGGCUCCAGGUACUGGAGAAAACGAAGAAGCUCCGUCUGAAAAACAAACCACAGUUUCAGAGAAAACAAGUGACGAACCGGGUUAUGAUCCCAGUGAUAUGGUUGAAAGUAUCGAUAUGGAUAUGUCCGAUGAAGAUCUGGAAGAUAUUUUAAGAGAAGUAGCAUCGGAAGAUAGGCAAAAGGCGCUGCAACAAAAAGAACUGCAACAAGAACAAGAAAAUGAGGCGAACAAUAAAAGAAUGCAAGAGCAACAUCAAGAACAAGAUCAAAAUAGUCAAGAGCAGCUAAGUUCAGAGGAAUAUGAUGCACUAUCAAAUAACGAUGAUUAUACUCCUGAAGAACCAACUGACGAUAGUGAAAAAACAAGCCCAGAAGUGAAACCCGUUAAACCGUUUUCUUAUCGAGAUAAUCUAAUACCGGUUGCCAAUAAUAGACCACCAUUAUUAGACACACCUCCUCCUGCCAACAACAAUCAAAUUUGGGAUAAUCAGCAACCGACACAUGUGAAUCCAUUCGCACAGUCAUUCGACGACCAAACACCCUCCGACAAUGGCAUGCAUAACAUAAUGCGACCGCCAAUGAAUCCCUGGAAGCAGCAAACUCGAUUGCCUUUUCACAUCCAACAACAGCAAGACAAUUUUGGAUUUCAUCAAUCUGCUGAAUUUCAUCAGCCUGGAGACUUUCAACAGCAGCCUGCGGACUUUCAACAACCUGGGGACUUUCAACAUCGGCAACAAUUUCAGAGGUUUCCACGUGGUGGUCCAUUUCAACAAUCGCCUAGGAAUUUCAGUCCUCACCAAGCGCAAAAUCAUUUUCGUGGCUCACCCAGACCGAUCCGUGGCAAUCCUUUUUUUAAACCUCGUGGUCGUGGCGGUGGUGGCGGAGUUGGAGGCUCUCCAGGUGGCGGGCCAGCUGGACGCGGUAACAUGUUUCGUGGUAAAUUUCGAGGCAAUGUUUGGCACUAAACGAUUCUCAAUUAUUCACAUUACACUAUUCGUUUAGAAGAAAUUAGUUAUUAAGUGUUUCACAUCUUAAACUGACGAACACCAAAAUAGAUCGCAAAAUGUUGUAACGGUUUAAACUUAGAAUUUAUAUUCUUAAACAUUUAUAUUGAUCUAUUUUUCAAAAAAGAAAAAAGAAACAAACAAAUAUUAAAAUGUAAUUAUUUCUGGUUUUUAAAUAGCUAACGUUGAAUAACUGUAACGUUAAAAAAUAUAGAAUUGUUUUGCUUUUAAUAUCUUAUAACUGAACAAUUUAUUAAACAAAGAAAAGAAAACUUAAAAAAAAAAAACAGAAAUGAAAAUGUAAGCACUUAAAUGAAAUAAAAAUAAUUCUUGCUUUCAAAUAAUUAUUUAUUAGUUGUAAAAAAUAAAACAAAACAUAACUGUGCAAAAAUUGCUUAUUAAAUUUUGUUUAAAAUCAUUAAUAUUUAUCCUCAUUAUUAUUGUGUAUACCUUCUUUAAAAUGAAGCAUUUUGAAAUACAAAAUCAUCAAUGUACCCUAUAUACACAGUUAUUGUGGCAAAAACAAAAAACUUUGAUUAAAUUAAUCGUUUGUAAUAAAGCAUUAAACUUUGAGAAGCAGUUAUAUAUACUUCGAGUGAAGGGUUUUUUCCCCCCAAAAAAAAAGUUGUUUUCUACUUUUAAAUUACUUUGCAGAAAACAAAUACUACGCGAACAGUUUUGCUUUCAAAGAAUUUAAAACUUUCUUUUGUUUUAGAACAAAAUCAAAAUCAAAUUAUUCGUAAAAAAAUAAAUAAAACAAAAAUAAUUUCAUAUGAUUUUAUUGUAUUGCAAGUAGAGUAUUUGUUUUGAAUUUAACUAAUAAAACUAUAUUUUAUUAUUUUAGUUUUUCUUAGGAAAUAUUAACAUAGUAUAUGUAUGUAGAUCGAACAAGGUACUAAAAAUUUAAAGCUCUGAUUGCUAAAACGUUAUCAAAUCUUCAACAGUGAAUUUUCUAAACAUAAAAUGGUGUUGCCAGGAAGAUACACCUUUUUCAAUGUAUAAACAAACAAAAGCAUACUAUAAGAUAUUUAAUAAAUAGAAAAGAGCAUUGGCUCUUAUUUCUAAAACAAAAUAAAGAAUGAGUUAAAUGGAACGAAAAAGAAAACAAAAUUAGGAAAACAUUAAAUCAGUUUUGAAUAUGUGUUAACAAUGUGUUUUACUGUUAUACGCACUCAUCAAAUUUACUUUUUCAAUUCGAUUUUUUUAUUUCUAAGAACAAAUAUUUUAAUACAUAAAUAAGGUUUUAGGUCUGACGAAUUACACUCCAAAAAAAUUGAUAUCCUAUGAUAUUACCAGUAUAUGAGAUGAUAGUCCUGGGGCCCUACUCUGUAAUGCGUUUCGAAGCCAAUCCGAUUCGAACUUUUUCUAUUUAUUGAACAGAUUUGUUUUGUCUCGAAGUAUUUCUUAUGAGAUUUGUCAAAGCAAAAAUUCAAAACAGAUUACAAAGACGAGGAAAAAAUUGAAAUUAAAAUGCUCUCAUCAUUAUCACUUGAGAAUUAUCGUAAUGAGUUUUUUACACUUCAAUACUUUGCAAUUGCCACAUUUCUCUUUUUAAUUCAAGCUUAGGAAGUUUAAGCUGUUUUUUUUCAUAUCCAAUUCCCUUUUUUUGUGUUGAAAUUUGUCUUUUGCCAUGAUAUACUUUUUUUUUUUAAGGCAUACAAAUUCCAACAUGAUUUCAAAUUGCUUUCGUUUGGUUUGAAUUUCAAAUCGUUACCUCUCUUGGUGUAGAAACAAAAUUUUCGUUUUCGAACGCUAAUGACAUUCGGAAACGCAUAAGCAGGUACGAAAAAUCCGAAUGCGGAUUUUUCAUUCCGUAAUUAUUAAAUUUUUUAUCCGCAUUCGAAAGACUUCAAUAUAUUCGUUUUCGAAACGCAUUACAGAGUAGGGCCCCUGGUCUUGAAAAAAUUGAUCAUUAAUCUUUUUUAAAACAAAUACUUCGUGUUCAACAAUAGUCAACAAGGCACAUUCAUCAACUAACAAUAAAUAUUUUAAGUGCAACAGCAGCGCUUCAAUGUAAAAUUUAAAAAAGCAGGUUUAAAGAAAAACAA